AUGCCGACUUCAGGCCCUGGCGGAAUGGAUCUCGCAGAACAGAUGAACGACCAAGUUCGCAGCCAAUUCGUCAUGGGUGCAAAGUUGGGAGAAGGUACCUACGCCAUUGUCUGGCAGGCGCACUACCGCGACAACCCAAAACACGUUGUCGCAAUCAAGAAGAUCAAAGUCAACGCAGAGUACCCCAAUGGCAUCGCUCCGGACGCCAUCCGCGAAAUGCAGUUCCUCUUUGAGCUAUCCCACCCCAACGUCAUCAAGUUACACGCUGUCUUCUCCUCCAGAGAUCAGAACCUAUCACUGGUACUUGAACAUCUCCCGCGCGGCGAUUUGGAACAGCUCUGGAAGAACAAGGAAAUCACAUACACAAAGGCGGACAUCAAGGCAUGGAUGAACAUGAUGUGCCAGGGAAUCUGGUUCUGUCACGAGAACUAUGUCCUACAUCGCGAUAUCAAGGGCAGCAACGCCCUCAUUGCCGCUGACGGCACCGUCAAGAUUGCCGAUUUCGGUCUUGCACGAAGCUUCGCCGACCCCGGUACCAAGAUGACUACCAUGGUAAUCACACGCAUGUACCGUCCGCUCGAGCUCCUCUACGGAUGCUCACACUACGGCGGAACUGCCGACAUGUGGAGUAUCGGCGUUCUCAUGGCAGAGCUGUGUAAACGCGAUUGGUUUCUCUACUCUGACACUGACAUCCGCCAAGUAAGCGUCAUCUGCGAAAAAUUUGGGACCCCAACAGAGGAUACUUGGCCUGGCGUUUCCGCCCUCCCUUACUACGUCGCACCGGAUAAACAAACUGGCCCACAGGGCACAACUGCCUUCCGCCAAACGCGCCCCCGCAGCUGGUGGAAACAAGAAUUUCCCACCCUCGGAGACGAUGGCUGUGAUUUCAUCAAAGGCCUGUUGACUCUGGACCCACAGAAGCGGUACACGGCCCGGAAAGCACUCGAGGACAAGUGGUGGGCUAAUGCACCCCGUCCAACAAAAAAGGAAAAUCUACCAAAAGAGGGCGGAGGGCCAAAGGCAAUGGGAGAGGACCUGAAGCGAAGGGGAGGAGAGACACCCACCAAUGGCCGUGCCGACAAGGUUGCGCGAAAGCUCGACUUUGGCUCCAUGGGUUAG